GAAGUGCUGGGUUAGUUUCUGGGGACGGUAUUAAUGAACGGACUGACCGGACCGAUUUACCAUUCAGCGAAUGUUUCUCACAUUAACUUUUAAAAACACGUUAAUAUUAUACUAUUUAUUUGCAGAAACAAAUUCUACAAUGUCUAGACACAGAGUGGAGACUUAAUGUCAAAGUACCGAGUUUUUAUUUGCUUCAUGGCGGCAACCGUUGCAGUGCUCUCCUCUUCCAACUGACCAGCAUCUGGAAACAGAUAAUGUUACUGACAGCUCGCUGCCUGUCCAAAGUGCUGCAGCUCACCCUGGCGGUCAUCAAACCAGAUGCUGUGGCUCAUCCUGUGAUGCUGGAGGCUCUUCACCAGAGAAUCCUGGACAACAACUUUGUGAUUGUCCGAUGCAAAAAUUUUGCAUGGCGGAGACAGGACUCCGAGAGGUUUUACGCUGAACAUUCAGGGCGAUUCUUCUACCAAAGACUUGUUGAAUUCAUGUCAAGUGGUCCGAUGCGAGCGUAUAUUUUAGCCAGAGAGGACGCCAUACACCACUGGAGAGAACUGAUGGGACCAACCAAAGUGUUCAGAGCCAGAUACACCUCGCCGGCUUGUAUCAGAGCGCAGUUUGGACUCACAGACACACGAAACACAACUCAUGGCUCAGAUUCUGUUGAGUCGGCACAAAGAGAAAUCAGUUUCUUCUUCCCUGACUUCUGUAUGGAGGAAUGGAUGGAGAAGCAAGAGCCAUCGUUCAGAUCAGGACAAAUACAUUACGACAAGCAAAAACAAAUCCACACACUUUCUUCACAAAGCUGACACCACAACUUACUGAAACUCAGCUGUUACUGAAACUCAUUCAAAAAUGCAAGCUGCCAGAGAAAAUGCUGCAAUCCUACAUGCCAUGUACAGUCAUGGAAAAAAAAUAUUAGACCACCCUUGCUUUCUUCAAUUUCUUGUUCAUUUUAAUGUCUGGUAUCUGAUAUCUAGCCAUUUUCCAUGGUUUUCUUGAUAAUAACCAAAAUCAUGAUCAAUAAAACCAUGGAAAAUGACUAUAUAGCCAACAUAUAAUGUAUACUGUAUGAUGACCCCAGAGAUGCAUAUCUUUUUUUUUGUCGUCGCUGCUUCUCUAAAUGCCAAAUGUUGUUUUCCUUGAACAUGAAAGACAUACAGCUCAUGAAGCCAUUAAAAAAGGACCAUAAAUGUUUUGUUUAAUUUAUUGUCAUUAGAAAACACACAUGACUAGAUAAGAAAAUGUAACACUGUAUUGUACAAAACGACACAACGUAGAAAGAAAGUGUUUUACA